AGGCCCAAUAAUCAAGCGUCUGGUGACUGUGAUGAAAAUAUUGACGUUUCUCAUAAAUUAAUGUAAAGUAAAAUUUAAAAGUUCAUUGCAACAUUAAUAAAAAUAAAGGUUAGCAUAAACAUAAAAGAUGACCUCAGAAGGUGCUUAUGAUAAAUUGGAAGAGACAGGCUCUCCAGGUGAUAAGGUGGAGUUACUAGACAAUGAUGGCAACAUACAGGAAAUGUCAGUCAAAGAUAGCCCCACCAACUCAGAUAGUGAUCCUCUCAAGAAACCAAAGAAAGUGCUUGAAGCCGGGAAAGCAGUGUUACAGGAUCAGAGUAGAGGAUUACGAAUCAUUGUGAUAGGAGCAUUUGUUUUCUCAGUAGUUGUGACUAUAGCAUUGAUAUUGUCUAUCUAUCUUGGUCCUCCUCAGAUUGGUGCUAAUGCUGCAGUGACAUGUGGUGUAAAACAAUGUUCCAAUGUUGGUCUACAGAUGUUAGAGCAGGGAGGCAAUGCUGUAGAUGCUGCAGUUGCCGCUAUGUUCUGUAUGGGAGUGAUUAAUGCAGAAAGCUCCGGGCUAGGCGGGGGUGGUUUCAUGCUUGUUCAUGACCAUAAGAUAGAGAAAUCUGAAGUGUUUGACUUCAGGGAGACGGCCCCCGCUGGAGUGACACCAGCUAUGUACAAGGAUGAAUCAAAAAUGAAAUUGGGAGUGAUGGCAGUGGCUGUUCCAGGGGAACUCAAGGGUAUGGAAGAAGCUCACAAAACAUAUGGGAAGUUAGCUUGGAAAACUGUAGUCGCUCCAGCUGCUGAUAUUGCACGAAAUGGCUUCAAAAUGACCGGACAUACAGAGAUGGUGUUUAAGAGUCCAAAGUUUAGACGUAGUGCAUUCAUCGAUUCAAAAUUAGCCAAGUAUUACAUACAGACGGACGGUUCAUUGAAACAGGAAGGGGAUAUAAUAAAAAGACCUGAUCUGGCUGCUACGUUAGAUAAAAUAGCUUCUGAAGGCUCCAAUAUUUUCUAUCAUGGGAGUAUAGCUGAUGAUAUUGUCAAGGAG